AAACAUGUUCUCGUCUCACUGAUCUUACCUACAUGGCUAAAGUCCUGCCCUUCUUUCACAUUUUGUUAAUGUUAACAAUUCCCUGAUAAAACCUAACUUUAAGUGCAUUCAGAACCUUUUCUUUAUAAUGUACUCUCUCCUCUUCAGUUUAUAACCUCUGACCUUUCUCUCGCAGACUGUCCAGGUUUGGAGAGUCCUCGGGUGGUUCGACAUCUGCGUUUCCAGGCCCAUCUGCUGCUAGAAGAAGCAACCUGUGAGCAGCGAGGAAGGUUUGGGGAGCUCCUGCUCAUGCUACCUCCCCUGCAGAGUGUGGCCUGGCAGAUGGUGGAGACUCUCCACUUAGCACAGCUGCUGGGCGAAGCCAAAAUGGACAACCUGCUGCAGGAGAUGCUGCUGGGUGAGGGAGCCAAAGCAGGACAGGGACAGUGUACAGUAUUGCCAGCUCCAGUUUCUCCUCCUCCUUCAGGCCAUGGCCUGAUUCAAGACCAGCAAAAUGAGCAAAGGGCUUCACCUAUAAACUUCACCUCCGACAUCUCUCACCUUUCAACAUCUCUUUCAAUCGGCUUGCCUGCUGCCCCCACAGACUGGCACUGAGGUGUACAGACAUGCCGAUGUUGCCAAUGUGCCCACGGCAUACCAGUCCACAUAGAGACACCUCAAGAAGCAACAACUUAACCAAGGAAUGGAGGGGUGUUUUGAGCUUGAGACAGAACACAGACUAACAUAUACACACACAGCCACAUACUCUACAAAGACACGGGAGAUCAAUGGAAUUUGAAUUUUAUUUGAAACAGGACACAUGAAAUACUGAAUUAAUAACAUUUAGCAUGUCACAAGGUACAGUUAAAACAAAAAGUACAAUCUGAAAAGCAUGUAAAAUAAAUACAUACGUAAAUAGGAUAACAUUGCACUAAGCUAUAACUAAGCAUAAUUCACUCAUUCCUAUCACAUCUCCGAUGUGUUUGACUUAAACUUAAUCUUGAAGUGAAGGUCCUAGACAUUAUCAGCAGAGGGCGCACAAAUCCUAUUCAGAAACAGAUUUGUUGGUCCCUGUGAGGCAACCUUUUCUUUGUGAUAAAAACAUUCAGUCAUGUGGUCAAAGAUGUGCAUCUGAAUGCAGAAAUGGUUAUAAUUUAAAGGUCAACUCACUAUAGUGAGGAUUUAAGUUUAAAAAAAUCACAACCAUUUUGACUUAAAGAACACUAAGUGGAAUACAAGAAUACUGGUUGUGGAUAGUGUCCCACCUUGAUGACCAGAAAUUUGCCAAGCAUUAUGUCACAGUGAGAUGAUGAAGGAUGAGGUGCCUCAGCAGCACAGAAGCUCAGAUGAACUGCAAUGACUCAGUAUAACUUGAUGACAAAAGUGUGUUCUGCAUAAUGAAACCGUUUCUCUUUCUAGGUUCUCUGUUUGUUUUCAUAUGUUAAUUAAUGAAUACCUACAAAAGAGAAAGAAAUCCAUCCUUUAUUGUCCCCUGAUGCCGGUGGCAACCAUAUCCACAACAGUGGGUAUAAUCUAAACAACAUAUUGGUUGUUAAUUCUUAAAAAAUACUCAUGCAUCACAGAAAUCAGGUUAGCUAAAUAGUGACGUGUACUCUUUCCAUUUGAAACUGUAUAAGGCCUGUUACAUUUCGCCUGAACCCAGUAAGUGGAGGAAUCUCUGAUGUUAUAAUAAGUUAUGUACAAUACCAUAAAGCUAAGUGGUUCAAUGUAAUGAGAGAGGGGGGAUAAAAGCUGCCUCUUCACAGA